AUGACUCUUUAUAAAAGUGAAUACAAUAUCUUAUCUGUCGUAUACAAUCUGUACAAUUCAUAUAAAUCUGGGAAUGUAUGUAGGCCUUUUUCUUUUCAUAUAAGGCAAAGUAACGUCGAACAUGCGAUCACACCUCGUGAAAGAUCUGACCCGAGUAGAAGUAAUUCGGUUUGCCGUCGUGAUCAUCAUCGUGUAACGGAUCGGUUGACUCAUCCACAUGCCUGGGGCUAUCCCAUUCGAUGUCCGAGUCGUCAUCACCGCCCGACGGAUCGAUCGUCACUGCGACAAUAAUGAUACCAGUAA